AUGGACCUGGUGUAUGGUUCCGAGAUAACUUUUGGCGAUGGAUUCGCCAUAAAACCGUCAAGAACGUUCGUCGUCAAUACUAACGCUCCCCUUCACUCAAACGUGUUCGAAGCGAAACCAUCUGGCGGCGUCGUCACAUUUCCCCACUCUUCUCACUACGCUGACCGUAUCUUCGUCUGGCGUGCCAUCGCAGAAGGCCAACUAGUCGUCGUCGCAUUGGGUCUCCAGAAGUCAUCAGGCGCCGAGAAACACGACGAAUUCACGAUUGGAGAAGUGGGACUACUCGGAAAACUAUUGGGCGGAGUCGAUAAACGAGUCAGUGAUGCGUGUGUGAUGAAGAAUCUAUCGGGUUACGGUAGAGAGAGGAAAUCGUCGAAACCAGAUAUUGUGUAUACUGUAACUCGGGAUGGAUGGGUUCAGGCAUGGAAUGUUGAUACCCGAAAGCAGUUAUCCAGUACUAUUGAUUUGAAUCAAUACUUUGCUUCGGACACCUUCAGAAUCUCGACUCCAGAAGGCUCUGACGAUGACGAUGAUCUAGAAUUCAUCAAUGCCGUGGAGCCAAUGGAGCAAUUCUACUCGAUCAACGCGUAUACAUUCGAUAUUGACACUCUUCUAGUCGUUGGAUGUGAUAUUGUGAUUGGUGGGCGGAGUGUUGGAAUGAGAACUCACUUGAUUAAAGUGGCUGAGGAUCAGAUGUACCAUAUGCAGAUGCAUGAGACGAGUAUGACUGCCGAGGAGAGAUUAGUGCAUUUGGAAUUGAUUCAGACGUAUUUUCCACCGAUAGAUUGUGAAGAGUUGGAGGAGACGCAGGAUUUCGAGGACUACAACCCACGCACAUGUGCUCAAUUCUCGCUCUCGGCUCUGUUCAAAAGCUCAUCGGCCAACAAAUCGUACUCUCUGAAACGUCUUUCGUUCGCAAUUCAAUGGAGAACCGGAGAAGUUUUCACUAAAUUCGAUUGGCUUCGUCAGUUUUCUGGGAAAUUGACUGGAAAAGGAGACAACAAAAGUGACGUCAUCGACACGGAGAGACCGUACAAUCUGUCUGCUGAUUCCAGUAUUGAGACACUCAUCGAUGUUGUCUUUGACACUGAUUUGUACUCGUUUGAUAUCGUUUUCAGAGCUAUACAGAUGACCACCCCUUCCGGAAUCGAAGUGUCUUUGAGCAAUCAGGACCAAUGGAAGAAGUUCCAUCCGAUGACCGAAAUGGUUGUAACCAGAAAAGUAGGACGUCAGCUGUUCCCGCAUUUGAAUUACAUUCUGAAAGGAUUGGAUCCAAAUGAGCUGUAUGGUGUCUUCAUUCACUUCGAGAGAGUAGAUAAUAACAGAUAUCAAUUCCUUCAUAAUAAGUGGAAUGUGUUUGGUAAAGGCGAUGAAGUUCGACAGAUUAAAGUGGAACAACAUCUGGAUGGGUGGAGAGCGGGAAGUUAUUGGAUGGCAAAACCAGUCUCAUUCAAGCAUGUCAGAAUCACUAAUGACACAGAUCUCAAAAAAUCUAAUACAUUUGUGUUGCAAAGCAUGCACAAAUUUCUGCCUGUAAUUGGUGUUCAGAAGAUGGGAGAUUCGAAAAUUGAGGGGUUCCGAUUGGAUGUCACUGAAUUCAUGGCUGUCACAGCUUAUCAGAACAAAGACAUCAUCCAAUUGAAAAUUGAAAUGAACCGAUUUGCUUCCGGAUUCAAGGAGACAGGAGGGCACAACAAAUCACCGAAUUCCGAUUCGGGAUCCUCACCACGCGGAGUCAAACGGCAAUCCACAUCACCAGAAGUGUAUGGAUCAGUGACUCCACCAACAGCUCCGUGGACCCCUCCGUAUAAUCCAUUGACUCCAUUGAGCUACAACAAUACUCCAGUGCCACCAAUGCCUCAAACUGCCAGCACAUUCCCGGGAUAUCAAUAUGGUGCUUUUGGAAACACACCAAUUCCAGAUAAGGAGAACCGGACGGAGCAGAUGCAGAUGUACCCAUGGCAGAUGCCAAUGGGAAUGUAUCCUAUGGUUCCACCAAUGAAUUCAGGAAUGGCUCCAGAGGUGCCUAUGAAUUCUAGCCUACCACUAGUUGCUGACGUCUCCCGAAACCCACAAGCAAUGCAACAUAACCCAAUGUAUAUGAGCAUGCCGAUGAACAAUAUGGGACAAUGGAAUAUGGGAAAUGGAAAUGGAAUGGGGAAUCAGAUGCCACAAUCGGAACUCCCAAACUACACGUUUUAA